AGCGAGAGCUGCAGUACACUAUAAAGCUACUGCUGAUCAAACCGGGUGACUGUCGUCAUCCUCCAGAGCGCACAAAGCACGCAGUAGCCUAGUCAAAUUUCACCGGCGGAUAACGGACACCGGACAGGACAUUCCUCUUCAUAAUGGAGUUGUUCCCAGGGCUGGUGAUGCUGGUGGCUCUAAUGGUUUCAGUUGGUGCUGAAGGCGGCGUCGGCCCCAGCAAUAACUCCAGUUUCUGCUCCGAGUCAAAGGAAUGUCUGGAGUAUGAGCUGGUGUGCAAAACAGACGAAUAUGAGGUCCGUCACUACAGUCCUACUCGUUGGGUGUCUACGGAUGCGGAGGCCUACUUCAUGGGGGUGGGAGCAGCCAUGGCCUUCAGGAGACUGUUCCAGUACAUCACUGGGGCCAACAACGGAGGUCUCCAGAUGGAGAUGACUGCUCCAGUCCUGGUGAGGAUCCCUGAGGAGACCAGGAUGUGGGAACCAGCCAUCUACACCCUCAGUUUCCUGCUUCCAGCGGCCUAUCAGGAGAGACCUCCCACACCUACCAAUGACAAGCUCUACUUUACUGAGAUGCCCUCUAUGGAUGUGUACGUGCGUAGUUACGGAGGCUGGAUGUUAUCAGUGACCUCCAGGCUUCACGCUCACCUACUGACCAAGGAGCUGGCCAGGGUCCAGGCUGACUACAACCACACCUACCACUACGGAGUGGGUUACGACAGUCCUCUGAAGUUGCUGAACAGACACAAUGAGGUGUGGUACGUAGCUGAGGGAGAGGCUGUCUGCUCUGACCCCCAGGAACCAACCCCACCACACACACCUACCCCCACACACACAUCCAACGCCACACCCAAUGCCACACACACACCCAACGCCACACACACACUCAACACCUCACACACACCCAACGUCACACACACACCCAACACCUCACACACACCCAAUGCCACACACAUCCCCUCCAGCACCAUCUCUGACUCCCCCUCAGAUCUCCCAGCCAACCGGCCACCUACCCCCUCCCAGGCCCCCGAGGUGACCCCCUCUCAGGGCUCGGUGGUCGGGGAGACCCCCUCGGUCAACAGCUCUGACCCCCAGACGGACGGCCCCUGGAACAACACUGUGGAGGCCUCCCUGGAGGACACCCCCUCUGAUAACGCUGUCGCCGACCCCGCUGACCUCAACCUGGCCUAGUCCUGCAAUACUAUACAUGACCCUGAACAGUAGAGGGGUACGGAGGGCUGCUGUGGUGAGAGAGCUCCUUCAGUUAGAUGUCCAUUUGGAAUUGGGCCCUUGCCUCAGUAUUUACUGUAAUACACCACGCCCCCUACUGGUGUCAUAUGGUUACUACACAUAUUAGCUUUAUUCACCUGCCGCUCACCUGUUAUCCAUGUUACCACACAGAUCUGUUGUCCAUGUUACCACACUGAUCUGUUAUCCAUGUUACCCUGUUAUCCAUGUUACCACACUGAUCUGUUAUCCAUGUUACCCUGUUAUCCAUGUUACCACACUGAUCUGUUAUCCAUGUUACCACACAGAUCUGUUAUCCAUGUUACCACACAGAUCUGUUAUCCAUGUUACCACACAGAUCUGUUCUCCAUGUUACCACACUGAUCUGUUAUCCAUGUU